GAAACGGUGACAACACUCAGGAGACAGACGGUUGAACCAGCUAUGUCCGAAGUAAGCAACCAGCUGCCCAACGACCCCAUCUCUACAGUUGGAGUCAUCACUUCUCCCAGCAAGGCCCCUGACGGCUACUAUGUUGUUGCACAAACAACAGAUGGCUCUGACGCCGACCUGUGGAAGGACGGCUUAUUCAAAUCCAAGGUCACUCGCUACCUCUGUUUCACCAGAAAAACUGGGGCCGACGUUGUUGUGGACAUGAAGCUGAUUGACAUUAAGGACGCGUUGCCAGAGGGCUUCACACCUGUGGAAGAAACAUUGGACACAAAGGAAACUGCCAUGAGGAAGAGGAGGCUCUGUGUGAAAAUCAGCCCUUGUGCGGAUGCCGUGACGGCUGUGUAUGACAUCCAGAUCAUCGCAAAGUCCAAGUACCAUCUUGUUAACUACACGUGUUUGGGUGAGAUAAAUAGCAUGGGGAUAUGGUACAGAACAGGAGAGGUCUCUCGGCAUCAGUCAUCCCAGGAAACGCCCAGUUCAGCCGUCAGUGACCCUCCAGCCAACACGACAAGGGUCAGGACCACGAGCAGGACGGGCUAUGAGCACCAGAGCAGUGGGAACUACACCAUGACCGCUCUGGACGAUGUGCCCUUUGUGAUCUCUGAGAAGUUUUAUAAAAACUCCAAAGAGAUGCAGCAAGUCAAUUUAAUGGGCAUUACGAUCAAAUCCCUGGCAGAGAUCGAGGAGGAAUUUGACUACAACUUCAGUACGGAGCGAAGCAUUAUUGUGUAACUUCCACACAACAUUCACACCCUGGCAGACGGAAACAUAACGACCGCACAAUACAGAUCUGAUGGACUGAAGGUUUUUUUGUUUGUUUGUAAAAAAAAUAAUGUACUAAUGGAAUUAAGAAAAAAAUCUAGAUAUACUGCAACUGUAUAUUAUGUAAUUUAAGACCGAAAAAAAUAUUUUUACCUUUAUAGAUUCUGUUUAAUUCAGUGUUUUUGAUAAUGUACAACUGUGCAUAUUACAUUUUAAAAUAUUUUUUACCUAUUUAUCUCGUAAGUGAUUUUUCUUAUUUGUGUUUCAUCUCAUCUUACUAAGAUAGUCUCACAAUAGGUGUCAUGCACAAAAUAAACCAAACUAAUUAAUAUUCCCGAAACAGAAGAUUCAUAAAAGUCUGUUAGCUGUGACUCACAUUUUGCUCGUCAGAGUAACAGGGCCGUGCUGUCAGUGAGGAACAGUCAGGGAACAGAGGAGCAGCCUCGUCACACACAAACAGGCCCCUCUGAUGUUCAUUUUCCAGCAGAAGCAUCUUUCCAUCACAAAGUUCAUCAUGAGCAGCGUGCAGCAACAACGAGCAGAGCUUUGAGACACAGGAGCCUUUUACCCCAGGCGCCCGCCCACCUCAGCAGUGAUCCCUCUCCUGAGUCAGGUCUUUAAGAAUAGAACAGAACAUUAAGUUUCAGCUCCUUGAACACAUUAUCAUUAAAUAUUAAAUGUGUUAUUUUUAUCU